AUGGGAGAGAUAUCUCCUCGUGGUGGGGAUUUCGAUAUUGAUUACAUUCUCGAGAAUGCCUCGUCUCUGGAGAAGAUUUCCCUCCUUGCGGGCCAUGACUUUUGGCAUACAGCUCCCCUACCGCGCUUCAACGUUCCCUCGGUCAGAGUGAGCGAUGGUCCCAACGGCGUUCGAGGCACCAAGUUCUUCGACGGCGUCCGCGCCGCCUGUCUUCCUUGUGGCACCGGCCUGGCCGCCACAUGGGACCAGUCUUUGCUUUUCGAUGCCGGUGUUCUCAUCGGCCAAGAGUGCCUAGCCAAAGGUGCUCACUGCUGGCUAGGACCCACGGUGUGUAUCCAACGGUCGCCCCUUGGGGGCAGAGGUUUCGAGUCUUUCGCGGAGGACCCAUAUGCCACCGGCAAACUUGCCGCCGCCUACAUCCGAGGUGCCCAGUCCACCGGCGUGAUAUCCACUAUCAAGCAUUUCGCAGCAAACGACCAGGAGCAUGAGAGAAUUAGCGUCAAUGCCGUCAUGAGCGAGCGAGCGUUGCGCGAGGUUCAUUUGUUGCCCUUUCAGAUCGCUAUCGCCGAUGCAGCUCCGGGCGCAGUCAUGACAUGCUACAACAAGAUCAACGGGCAACAUGUUUCGGAGAGCAAGGAGAUGUUGGAUGGUCUCUUGCGCAAGGAAUGGGGCUGGAAGGGCCUCAUCAUGAGUGACUGGUUUGGAACGUACUCGACCGCCGAGGCUCUGAAUGCCGGCCUUGACCUGGAGAUGCCUGGCCCCACAAGGCUUCGAGGACCGUUACUGGAGCUUGCGAUUUCGAGUCGCAAAGUCUCCCGCUCAACGCUUGACGAGCGCGCCAGGACCGUGCUCGAAUUCGUGAAGCGAGCCAACAAGGCCGAGGUUUCGACAGUCGAGAGCACACGAGACUUUCCCGAGGAUCGUAGGUUGAACCGCAAACUUGCUGCCGAUAGCAUUGUCCUGCUUAAGAACGAGUCGGGGCUUUUGCCACUAAACCUGAAGGCGUUGAAGAGUGCCGCCUUGAUCGGGCCAAACAUGAAGACCGCGGCGUUCUGCGGGGGAGGUUCUGCGUCCCUCCAGCCAUACUACAGCAUCUCGCCGUACCAGGGAAUCAUGAACCAGCUCCCUCCGGGCGUCGAGAUUAUCUACGAGACAGGCGCUAGUUCGUAUGUUUUUAUCCCGGAGCUGGAGGCGUCAGAAGUGCGCACGCCGGAAGGCCAGCCUGGGCUUCGAAUGCGCUUCUACCGAGAACCACCCUCCGUCAAAGAACGGCGCGUGGUUGAGGAAACCAUCCUACAGGAGUCUUCGUGGCAGCUGAUGGGCUUCUCCAACCCACAAUUGGACCGGCUCUUCUACGCAGACAUUGAAGCCGAGUUGAUUGCUCCUGCCACUGGUCCUUUCGAAUUCGGCCUUGCUGUCUAUGGUUCUGGCAGCCUCUUUAUCGACGACCAGCUUAUAAUCGAUAACACUACUGUGCAACGAGGGGGCAAUUUCUUCUUCGGCAAAGGCACCCGGGAGGAAAAGGCCACCGUGGAUCUUGUUAAGGGUCAGUUGUACAAGAUUAGGGUGGAAUUCGCUAGUGGCCCAUCGUCCAAGCUCAUGAAACCGGGGGUUGUGAAUUUCGGUGGCGGCGCUGGUCGCCUGGGAAUGGUUCAGGCCAUCGAUCCGGAGCUGGCUAUCGCCCGGGCCGUCGAGGCCGCGAAGCGUGCAGACGUCACGAUACUGGGGGUUGGACUGACGCGAGACCACGAAUCCGAGGGAUUCGAUCGGUCUCACAUGGAUCUGCCUCCUGCCGUUGCCUCCUUGGUCACAGCUGUCCUUGACGUGGCGCCUGACGCCAUUCUCAUGACCCAAAGCGGCACGCCUUUCAACAUGCUUCCUUGGGCAGAUAAUGUGAAGACCCAUCUACAUGCAUGGUUUGGCGGCAAUGAGCUAGGCAAUGGCAUUGCGGAUGUGUUGUUCGGGGUCGUCAAUCCCAGUGGAAAACUUCCUCUUUCUUUCCCGCGGCGAAUCGAAGACACCCCGACAUAUCUCAAUUUUGGAAGCGAGAGAGGGCAAGUAACAUAUGGCGAGGGCAUUUACGUUGGUUACCGAUACUACGAAAAAGUCCUCCGAGAUGUGCUCUAUCCCUUUGGGCACGGUCUGUCGUACACUUCCUUUGCUUAUUCCGAUUUCGCUGUCGACACCGCGUCCGCUACACUUAAUGUUCGUAACUCGGGAGACGUGGCUGGAGCAGAAGUCGUCCAGCUGUAUAUCGCUGCCGAUGCAACAACGUCGUCCAUCGCACGUCCAGUCAAGGAGCUCAAAGGAUUUGCAAAGGUGACUUUGCAGCCAGGUGAGACGUGCAGUGUGAGCAUACCAUUUGAUCGGUUCACUACUGCAUUUUGGGAUCAGGAAGCACACGUGUGGACGUGCGAAAAAGGGCAGUAUAGAGUCAUGGUUGGGUCGAGCAGCCAAAACAUUCUGCUGGAAGGCGUGUUGGAGAUAAAGGAGACGACGACCUGGUCAGGCCUGUGA